GAAUGUGUGAAAGGGCUCCAUCUUGUCUGUAGCAUGAAGGUAGAACAGAGUCUACGAGGCGGUAAAAAGGGAGCACCUCGUAGUCGAGGAAGAGGGCAAAGAAAAACUUUUCAAAAGACAGACUUAAUGGUAACCUUACCGAACGAAGAAAGCAAAGAAUCUCGCCUCAAACCGCCUGUGAGUUCCACCCAACCACGAAAGAUCGUUCGAAUCAGCCAAAAUAAAACUGGUGAGCUUAAGAUAUGUUUACCUUGUUAAAACAAAUUCGAAUUGCUCUUUUUUCUAAAAGUAGCUUCUAUCCUAGAAUCUACGGAUUUGGAAAAAGUGACAGUCAAAUCACUUGAGGAAAUUAAACGUGAGAAAGAAUUGAGGAAAGAAUCGGCUGUGCUUUCGCGCUUGUCCAUCCCUUCAUUGCAUGAUCCUGCUUCCAAGGUCGCUAAUGGCAGUGCUGCAGAUAGUGCCGAGAAUGAUGUUAAUGGCUCCAGUAAGUAUUUAGUAGGGUUAAACCCUUAAUUAUAUAGAAAGCAAAGAAUUUAUCGGGCAUUUUGAACCCCUUCUAGAUCGAAAAUAAGUCGUGAGAACCGACUAUCUAAAUUUACGCUCCUGUCAUCACGCUGUUUGGAUGGUUAGGCUGCGUCCGCGUCCGCGUCCCACAUUUGCUCUAGCUCUAGACAACAGAAAUUCAGGAGCUAAGAAGAAAAUAAAAACGUGUUCUGUGGAAAAAAGCAGCUUUAUAUUUUAGUUUAUGAACCAAUCUACUCGUCGUCUAGCACAAUGCAUUAAAAGCUUCUCUUUUUUAAAUUGGCCCAGUUUCCCGGCCAAGGUUUCUAUGGUACAUUGUUUUUUCGCCAUGCCGGUCUUCUCUUUACUGCAAACUAGACCCCAAUGGGUGGGGCCUAUGGGCUGCUAUCUGUGCGAUGCAGUGGUUUAACCCUUUAAGGUGGCUCGGCCCAGUAUUUUUGUAGGUACACCUUCCAUCUUUGAAUCUCUUAUACUUAAACAAAUAUGAUCUUUAUUGUAAAAACAUAACACAUGUAUUAAACAUAGAUUGUGUGGUUCCAGAAAAUAUCCAUACCCCCCCCCCCCCCAACAAAAGAUAAUUGGAAAUUCCGGGGGGGGGGGGGGGGUUCAAAGGCAGGAAUUUUGGGGGGGGGGGGGGGGGGGGGUGGGGGGGAAAAUUUUUCCAAAGGGGGACAGGCCCACUAAAAAAAAUUGAAAACAACGUACAACACUGCUGAAACCAAAAAAAAAUUUUUUUGGUACUACUUCCUUAUUUUUAAUAUUCUUUAUUAAAAAAAAAUAUUUUUUUUUUUAAAAAAAAAAAACCACAUAUAAAAAAAAAAUGUUUGGUGCCCACAAAAAAUCCCCCCCCCCCCCCCCCCCCCAACAAAAACUUUUGGAAAUUCCGGGGGGGGGGGGGGGGUUAAAAGGGCAAAAUUUUGGGGGGGGGGGGGGGGGGGUUCAUGGGAAACUAUUUUCCAAAGGGUGACAGACCACUUACAAAACAUUGAAAGCAACGUACUAUCGAUCUGAAGCACAAAAACAUACCUACGUACGUUGUUUUGAAACAAAGGUCAGUACUCCUGGCCAUUGACAUGAGGUUAACAUCAUUAGGUUUAAUGUUUCUGUUUUUCUUUGAGUUAGCUAGCGCUACAAUCUCCAGAAGAACGAUGUGUCUUUGGAACGAAGUCAAAAACGAUUGAAAAUGGCAGACAUGACUGGAGUCUUGUCUUCGUCUUGUUUUCGUCCGACCAACAUUAAAGUGCUUUCACUUCUGUUCACUGAGUAUCCCUUUUCGCUACCUUGACAUGCAGGACACACAUUUUUGAUAGGUUUCAUGUUUUAUCAGUUAUUAUUGAGGGUAGUAACUCAUGAAAAAUGCGAUGAGACGAGAGUACUUUCGUUCCCAUUUCUUGCCCGACCUUCACAAGGCCCGGCUACCUGGCUAGUAACUUCUGCAAUCGUGACGAUGUUCACGAAACCUAGCGCGUUGGAAUGUACGUGUUGGUGAAGUUUUCGGCCCUUAAAUAAUAGUCAACCUGAAGAAACUGACAAAAUGUGUAGAAAUAUAAACAGCCAGACAGGUAGCCUGUGUACAGCCGCCCCUUACCUCAAAAAAACCGAUAAGGUAAGGGGCGGCUGUACACAGGCUACCAGACAGGCACCUUGUAAGUUUCUGGGUUUUUCUUGCUACCGUUUGCAAAGUUAGUUAACAUGGUUUAAGCGGGUGAAACUUGUGUUCUCUUCAUAAUGUUUGUGUCGGAGUAAACACAAAAACGUAGAACAAUCGACGUUUAAACUUUGCAACCCAAAUGUUUAAGCUUAAUUUAUAAGCUUACAUAAAAACAACACAGACAUAAUUUGCAAACGUGAUGGCUAAAAAGCUAAAAGUUUGGCUGAAUAAUAAACUUAACAAACGUUUACGCUGCACUGUUGUAAUAAAAUUCUACCCUAUUUUCAUUACUGAGUUAGUAUUAACUUUCCUUGUUUUUAAGUACCCAAACUACUUUGAAUUUCCAAAGUGUGGUAAGUGAAGUCCCCAUUUAAAAAUUCUGGAAAUUCCUGGGGGGAGGGGGGGGUCAUCAAAGACCCCCUGGAACGGAAAAUCCUGGGGGGUGGGGGGUGCAAAUCAAAGAGUCUUCCGUGGUGGGGGUAUGGAUAUUUUCUGGAACCACACAUUAAACUUUAUUAUGAUACUAAUUUUUGGGCGAUCAUAAUACAUAUCACAUGAAAAUGAUGUCACAAUAGUUUUAGCUCUAAAUCGAAUUUUUGCCGUCAUCGGCAUUUUCUUUGGAAAUGCUUUAUGCCACCUAUGCUUUGGGUACUUGUCUUCUGUUGUGCGAAGUUUCACAAAAAUCUAUAAGAUGAAAUUCGAGAUAUGUGACCUUUCGCGGGAAAACGUACACUAAUGGCUUUCCGUUAAACGGGUGAAAUGCACGGAUUCCGAAUGGGUUUCAAACAGCUCACUCACCCGUUUAAAUGGGUUCAACGAACAGCUGAACGGGUUAUAAAGUAUUCCAAAUGGCUAACGUGAGCGGGGGAACUUCUUUUUCACCUGUUUGAAUGGCUUCAUCAAACAGCUGAACAGGUUGUGAAGGUAUUUCGAACGGCUAACACGAUCGGGCAAAUGGCUUACUCACCCAUUUGAAAGGGUUAACAAAACAGGUGAACGCAGUCUUGAAAAGUCCUUGUAUUUUAAGGAAAGUCCUUGAAAAGUCCUCGAAUUCCAUUUUUACUUGAAAAGUCCUAAAAUUUCUGUGUAAGUCCUUGAAAAGACCUUGAAUUUUCUUCACCUUUGAAUGUAGUGGCCUGGAAAGAAUUUUUUGAUGCUUUUUGGUUGUCCAAGAUAGAAUGUAAAUCAUAGCUCAGAGAAUUUAAAGGUUAUUUACAUAUUUAGUGGCCUAUGUUUUAUGCAAUAAAUAACUAUCAGUUUAAGACAAGUGAACUGAAAAAUGUAGAGAAUUUGGUGAAGCAAACAGUUCAAGCCUUAAAGUCUUAUUAGAAUAUACUGGGAAUGUGUAUUGUUGUACAAUCUGUGAAAUUAUGUUCCUGGUAGGUGGUCUUUGAAAAUCUAAUGUGGUCCUUGAAACAUCCUUGAAAAAUGGCAGCAAUUUUUUGUAUGAACCCUGUCUAAACAGAUAACUGUAAGUUGAGAUCUCAUGCCAGAAAUAGGUAGUCUGUGUGGGCAGUAACUAUAUUUUUGUUUAGUCGUAUUGCUGUAAGAGGAAACUGGGUAAGAUUUCUGUACAACCCCAUACAUGUAUUAUGCAUGCAGCAAUUUCAUAGUAUUUUUCCAUGAAUAGUUAACAUGAGUAGAGUCGAAACAAUCAUGGAUAUGUCGCUUUUAUCAAACUAAUCUGCCAGCGAGUCCGCAAUUGAGAUACGUGUUUGACACAAAGAAAUUGUUUUAAAUUGAUGCGCUAAAAGUCAUUCCCGGAGAAACAUGGGAUGACCUGUUGAGAAUUGCGAUGGAUUUGCCCAAAAGUCAAUAAAACUUCCGUUGAAUUCAUCACUUGUGAUUUUCACAAUCCUCUGUGAAGUAAAAGUCAGGUGUUAGACGCACCAACUGUUAGAUCAUAAGAACAAUCCGUUAGAGUGUUGAAAGAAAUCGUUAAAGCGUUUAGACAAAUUGUUAAAACGUUUAGACAAACGGUUAGAGUGUUAGAAAAACCGCUAGCUAUCUGUUAGUUUUGUAAAGGAUAACAAAUUAUCAUUAGUGUAUGUUUUCCUAAAGAAGAAAGUUACCUAUCUUGGGGGCCACGUUGGUGACCAGGUGUGAAAAUUUAGUCGCCACUGAGUAAAAGCUGGUCGCAUUGGCACAAUGUCGAGCCCUGUAAUUGUACUAUAUUGUAGAGUAAUUAUUAUAUUAUUAUUAUUAAUUAUUAUAUUAUCUGCAGAGCCAACUUCCUCAGCAAGUGUACCUGGUUCAAGUACAGCUAAACCAAAGCUAAGAGACUUUUCCAUUCCUCUUAAACCAUUACCAGCCCAAUCAUCAGCCAACUGCAAGAUAUUGCAUGCCAAACCCCAAGUUGCAACGGUCUCAAGGUAUGUUUAAAGUGAAAUCUGUAUUUCUUAUCUUUCAAAUAACCCUUCCUUGGAUCAAUGUAUCACACCCCAAGAACCCACCUUUGAUACUUUCGCUUGUAUGAAAGUGUUUUUUGCUGCCAGUUUACUAGCUUGUUGAAGUUCUAAACAGUCACCUUUCUAGCCAUAACGACCAAAAAAUCUACAGUAGAACUGCGCUAACUCAAACUCGAUAGGGAAACAAAAAAAGUUUGAGUUAGCUGGGAUUCCAGUUAUUUGUAUUGAUUGAAUGUUCAAUUUGCCAUGUUUAUAAUUGACAGUUACUAAUUUUUCAGCACCUCAGUGUAUAGUACGGUGAAAAUUAAGUUGUUUCAUCGGAAACAGUAAUGUGAUUACGCAUUCUUUUGAUAAAACAUUUUCUGUUAGCUGCAACAAUUUUGAAUUAUAAUCGGUUGGCUGUAGUUGGAGUUUGAUUUCUACUGAAAUUGCAUGAAUUUGAGAGGUAAAUAAACUUGAUAUGAAAUGUCAGUCUUAAAAGUCAAAAUUUCUCUGUGAGAUUUGGUAACCUGAUUUGUUAUGUAUCUGAGAUAUAAUCUGAAUUAUUCUUCCUAUGUUUGUCCUUUCAUUUAGUCUAUCACAAGUGGAGGAACAUGAAAUGGAAACUCGUGAGGUGCGGAUGGAUUUUGACAGCAAAUUGGCUGAACAAGAUUUUGAUUACGUUGAUGAUGAGGAGGAAAGUGACUCUGUUGAAGACUAUGAUGAAGAUUUUCUGCUAAAGGAGGAUGAAGAAAUAGAGAUGGAGGGAGAUUCUUCAUUGAAACAGUCUCUGAACUCCAAUUUCAGUUCCUAUACAAGUGAUGAGCCAGAGGAUGAUGAGAUAUCCCUUCAUCCUGAUGAUUCACUGUUCGAUGAGGAGGAUGAACCCAGGUUAGUUUACUUCAUCACAUGGUUAUGUGUUUUUUUUGACAACAGUACCAUGUGUCUCCCAAACCUGUUUGGCCAUUUUACUUCUGAAUAGGCCCUUUGUAGUUUGUCAUUCAUUUGGUACAAACCUGCCACACAGGAGAGCAAGGUGCACGCAGGUAGGAUACAAACAAAUGGCUCACAUCGUUAAUUUUAAAAUGGUAAUUUCCUUUGUUUGUCUACUCCCAGUGCAUCUCUAGUAUGGCGGUUUUGUACCAUGCGAAUGAGUAUUUGCAAAGGGCCAAUUGGUAUCCCCAAGGAUUUUUUCUCUGAUUUUGUUUUUGCUCAUUGUUUCUUUGCAGUCAACAUAUAACAGGUUUUCAUUUACAAUGCACAUGUUACAUGCACAGGUUUUCAGUUAAAUGCACAAUGUGCAGGUUCCCAAGGGCUGGUAGCUAUCCAUUUAUUUUUCCAGCAAUUUAUUCUUAUUUUUUAGUGACACUUUGAGAGAAUGAUAGUAAAUUCUAUAACCAAAAGAAGUAACAAAUGUUAAAAAUUUUCCUUUACCAUUCUGCCAUCAGGUCAUCAAAUUCCAGGACAUUUGGAAGAAGAUCAGGCAGUCAAUCAAAAGAUUUAAGGAGUCAAAUUACUGAUAGACAGAAAGGAAACUCCACUAAAAUGAUCAACAUAACAGUUGGCGAACCUGAAGGUAAUGAAGUAAAGGACGAAAGGCAGGGCAUGUCUGAGUCCUCAGAGCAAGAUGAAAGUCUGCUGAAAAGGUCAGAAAACAGAGAAAGAGAUUCUAGAAACUCUUCUCAUAAAAGGUUAAGUAGAGAACGAGAUAAUAGGCACGGACCGAGAGACUCGAGACAUUUUGUUGACAGGAGAAAGGGCAGAGCUCAGUUUAGAGGUUCUGUUCCCAUGAGGGGUAAAGGUAGUCAUGGAUCAAGGCAAGCUCCAAGGAAAGGGAAUGUUCCUAAUGUUUUUCCUAAUACAAUACCUCCAUUGCCGUCCCUUUUGGGACAUGGUGGUGGUCUCCUGCCACUUCCUAGUCCUGCUAAUAUGGGUUUAGUGUCCCAGAUACAAAGAGCUUUAGAGGCUAACAUUGUGAAUAAUUUAAAAACUCAAGUGGAAAUGCUGACAAACCCUCCUCCAGUACCGGGAGAAAUUAUAACAAACUUUGAUCAAAGCAAGAAGCAUACUAGUGUUUUGCGUGGGGCUCAGAAUGUUCCAAACGACUUCAGGAACAGUGGCCGGCAUUCAGCAAGAAGAACUCAUAACACUCAGCCGAAGGCUUCAAGUGUCUCUAAGCAGUCAAGUAUUUCAACAGUUACUCAACCUGCACAGAUAUCUUCUCAGCAAAAUGACAACAAGGGCAGAGAUAUUCCUAAGUGGUUACAGAAGACAUAUAAACAAGGUCAAGAAAGCCAAGCAAAUGCUGUGAGAGGUUUUAUAUCAACCAAAGAUGAACAAAAUACUGCUGUGUCACCGAGAAGCAAGAACACAGCCACUGCAAAAGAAAGUUUUGAAUAUGGCCACAGCAGUAGACCAAUAAUUGAUUCAACGCUAACCCAUCGUUCUCCUUAUUCAGACAGUAACGUAGAGAUGCAGUUGUCAUCAAAUAAAAGGAGAAGUCCAUUUCAUGCUGAAGAAGUGCCACAUCGAGGUAAGAUUGUGGUUGCAACAAGCCCAGAAGGAAUACCUCAGCCAAGAAUGCAGAAUAGAAGUCCCAAGCAGUUAUACCCCGAACAGUUUCAGACAGGGAGCUAUUUGAGCAAACCCUGGCAUUUGCCAAAACAAGAACUUGAGGAGGUAGGUAAUAAAUGUGUCAAGCCUAUUUUGGAUUGAUGGACUCAUAAAUCAAACUUGUAAAAUGACCCUUUUUGUCCUCUUAUUUUUCAGCACCAAAAAUUGCAUCAACUGGGACAUGUUAACAGGUAUCCAGGCUACACCUCUCUAUUCUUAAGAUGUAAAGCUCGUAUGAUGAUUAAAUGAAACUCAAAUAUCUGCAUGUUACUUUACUCAAGUAACAUUAUAUAAAGCGAUAUUUCAUAUUAGUAAAAUCCAACUAGUGGUCUAUUAUCAAUGCUGCAUUCUGGUUGGUUACUGAUUGAGCUACUACUGAUUGGUUACUGAUUGAGCUACUGAUUGAGCUACCACUAGGCUAUAUGUUAUAGCCCAUUAGUAGCGAAAAGCGCGGGCUUUUUGGCGGCAAAAAAGGAUUAAAAUUUAGCUUUAACUAGCUAAAUGUUAUUUUUGACCAACUAGUUGGAUUUUAUUAAAACAAUUAUUCCUCUCGCCCUCAUAGCCUCUGAGUCAAUAGCCCACUCGGGCUCGAGGAAUAAUUGUUAAUUAUAAAAUAACUAAGGAAGUACGCGCGCUCUGAUUGGCCGAGAGGAGUGUUUGCAUGAGAGUAUGUAAACAUGGUUGUAACGUCAAGAUGUUUGCUUUUCGUGUGCUAAUCACCCAAGCACAAAUUUGAAAAAGGUUUUGAGUUAAAAAACUCAACAUGUUUACUUUAUUUACCCAUUUCCUCGUCGGCUGAAACAGAGAAAGAAACAUGUGAGAAAAACCCAUAUUUUGGCAAGCUUCUUUUUUGCAAAACAAGGACUGAUUAUUCAUACAAGCUUUGUGUACAAGACUUCGUGACUGGUAAGAAUUUCUCUUUUAAUCAGUGCUCUAAACAUGAGAGGUUUGCUUUUUUUCUCGGGAAAGUUAUUUUUUAAAAGCAAUAGAAAACUUUUUUUCUUGUGUUUCCAUAUCCUGAUAUAAACACUCGAGGGGUUGGGAGAAUUCUCAACAGUUAUGCAAACCCAAGUCUCGAAUUCUCCCAACCACUCUUGUGCUUAUAUCAGGCUAUGCGAACAUGGAAAACAUUUAAUCUAUUGCUUAAAUGGUACAUUGUUUUUGUUAUUCAAAUGUACCAACAACAAAAGCAACUUUGAUUGGCACAUUUAUACCAGUAAGUGAUACAAUGCAAAAUAUUGCAAAAGCAUGAAUAAAUUAAAGUUUUGUAUCUAAUAGAAGCUGCACAUGCAAAUUCAUUUCUGCUAUAAAUUUUAUGUAUUAUUUUGAAGUGAGGCUUUCUCUGACACAACCAGGUCUAUCACUGAGAUUUCAAGUUACCUGGUGCAUAUAAAUACAGCAAGUAAGGGUGGAAUCAAACUGUUAGGGAUUUCUUUUUUUCCUCUUUUAACUUUCCCAUGAAAGUAGCAGAGGGGAAAUCUAGUGUAACCAUUAUAGAUAACUUUGACAUUUGAUUUGUGCAAAGAAGAGAGAUCUUCUUACGUGUAAACAUUACAUGUAUAUCUUGGUUACUUGUUACUGUAUUAAGAUAGUAGUAAUUCAUAUGUGUUUGUUUUCAGCCAAGACCAUCUAGUUGUUGUUGAGCCAGCUUCUGUGCAGCAACAAAUCAAAGGUACAGCACUGAUAGGAUAAGGUCUAACAAUAACUUCUGUUUAAUGAAUCAUUGGUUCUUGGACAAAUUGAACUAGUUUAGGAACAGAGAACCUGCUGACCAGCUGGUAUGUCAGCCGGGUUUUUUUCACAAAAGCAGGCUUGAAGUUGGGAAUUUUGUUGAAAUUUUAACUUUUGUUGUUGGAAAAACUUUCAAAUAAUUAUGGUAGUCUUUACAGUAAAGCUCAAAUAAGCUAAGAAAUAUUUCAAGGCAAGUAAAUUUUAAUCUUUAUACGUGCAAAAAUGUUAAAAUACGUGUAGUGCAAUCUAACAAGUGCCUUACUCUGCUGAAAAAAAACUGAGCCAUGUUUUUGGCUCAUAUACCAGGUCCGGAUUGUUCAAGGUGGAUAAUGCUAUCCAUGGGAUCUGGGCUACAGUGCAGGUGGUUUUCCUAAUGUUUUCUCCAUUGGAUAGUGAUUUAUUUGGUGGAUAGUGUUAUCCACUUUGUGAACAGCUGGGGCCAGUUUGAUUGAUACCAUAUGUGCAGUCAGUAAAGUGCUGGUUAUUAAGGUGAAGUAAGUGUAACAUAAUUUUUGCAAUCAAUUUCUUUUAGUGGACAUUCCCGAUGUGUCAUAUGACUUGGUCAAUGAACUAUUGCAAAAUGGAAAUCUGGGUAAGAUUUUUGAUAGAAUUAGUAAGCAGUGUUGUCUCCUAACACAUGGUUCGUGCAAUCUUGAAAAGGUCUUGAAUUUUACUAGUCGUCCUGAAAAGUACUUGAAUUCGGUUUAGGUCCUUGAAAAGUACUUGAUUUCUUUAUUAGGUCUCAAAAAGUCCUUGAAAUUCACAACCUCAUCUAUGCCAGAGACCGUUCUCUGUAAAAUUAGAUUAUUUUGCCGAGGAAAAUUUGGCUUAUCCUCAGUGUAAGAACUUGUAUAACUCACUGGAAAUGUAAAAAUAUUUUUGCGCAUGAACAAUAUUUUAUUUCUGUUUCUUUAUUUUAGAUGCUAUUUUUGUACCUCCUUGAAAUUUAGUUUGCCUAAAGUUGCACGAACCAUGUUAACAGGUAAAUAGAUACUGAAUAGAUGUUCAGUUGUUUUAGACAGGCAUAGCUAGUUUUACAAAGCCUACUAAGCUUGUUGAAAAUGGUUCCAAGCCAUGAUACGCUUCCAGAGUUCUCAACAGCUUUCUUCAACUGAUGAGAUCUAUAGAAAGUCAUAACAAGACAGUAUUAAUAAAAAUGUUUAUUCAAAAUAUUUCUGUUUCUGAUUGGUUCAAAUUCCAAGGCAAAUUCUUCAUAAGCAGCUAGCCCUGACCAAGAUUUGAAGGCGUUAGUUAUAUGUAAAUAAUGACAUCAAUAGAACAGCAUUAAUGGCCGAAAAAUGGAUGGUAACUGAGAAACCCUGGGAAUGAGGUUCUGUUGUUUUGGUAGAGCAUUACAAAAUGGCAGUACAUUUUACAUGUUUUGUGAAGAAGAAAAAGCCAUACUUCUGCCCAGAAACAUAGGAAGAGCACCAAGAAUACAACUCAACAGACAACAUCUGCUAUUUGGAGAAUAUCUUCAGAACUAAACACCCCUUUUUCUCCUGAUCUUACCAAAAAACCGACAAAUAAUGUUUUAGCUUGUUCUUAAUCAAGUUUUUGAAUGAUUGUAAAACAAUUAUUGGAUUGGGCAUUUGUGUGACGUGAGGAAUUAUUGACAUCUUAGACAGUGUUAUCCACCUCAAGUUAAUUGGCCUCAGUAGAUGGUACCCUCCUCAACCUCCAUAAGUCUUCAGAUCAUACUCAGCCUCGUCCAUUAAUUGCUGUAUAAUAAUAAAACCUCUGCCCUUUAACUUUUUCAUCAACUGCUUUUUAAAAAUUCUUAGCCAGGCACAAAUUGUACAUCUAUUGCCAUGAUCAAGCUCACCUGUUCUCUAACUUAACCACACAUCAGAAUACAGUCACCUUUUUUCUUGUGUUUGCCUUAUGAUUUUCCCAGCAAAUUGACCCCAGUCCAGGCUGGCAAAUUGCAUUGUGAAAAUUUGUCAAGAGAACUUAGAAAAAGUGCAUUUUGAUCUUGAGAGAAAUAUGGGCCUUGCUUUUCUGUCUGUAGGUGCUGCUUGGCAAAUGAUUGAGAAACUUCGCAGUAUGAAUCACCCGCCUGAUUUGAGUGUUCUUCAACAUGUCCUCACGUUGUGCAGUAAACACUUGCAAGACCCAGAUGUUGCUGCACAGGUAGGCACUUACAAAAGGUCAUGGCACAGAAUGGUUCAUAAGUGCAGGUGCUCUUCUGACAUUGUUAAUGGUACUGGUUUUCAGUUAGUACAAUGGUACUCACUUAGUACAAGUGAAAACAUAGACUGUUAAUUUUUUCCCUUGUAUCUGGAGGUGUACUUCUUUUAUGUAUAGCCAAAGACUCGUGAUGUUAGUUAAUAUUGCAUCAACAAAGCACUUUCCCAUGCCUUUAUGAAAAUACUUAAGGGCAGAUUUAUAGGUAGUUUUUAAGCUGUCUCUUCCACCAUAGACUUAAUUGCAUUUUUGCUCACUUGAUCCAUCAAUCCAUCAAGCUUUCUAGUUUCUUUCAGGUCUCCUUGCCACUUUGUCUCUUUUUUUUCUGGAUAUUUUACAGUGUAAUAGGCCACUUGCACUAAGAGGUCACGUGACCAAUACUUCCCUUAAACAAUUAGUUGGAAUCCUGCUGAUGCCAAAAAUUGACAGAGCACAUAAAAAUUAUCUUACACCCGAAAUUUAAGAGGAAAAGAAUUUAAGGGAGAUAUUUUAUGGCACUUUGAUUUUUCAACAAAGUAGUAUGAUUUGUAUUGGCCGCCAUGUUGGAGGGCAUACUCUUGCCCUCCAACAUGGCGGCUAAAACUAGUUUUUGCUUACAUCUUGUUAAACUUUUGAUAGUUAUGCUCAGAUGUGCUGCAAACGUUACCACAUCAUUUUCAGCGCUCCAAGCUCAUUUUUUCAAUAAGUCGCCUUUUGGCGACCUUCAUUUUUAAAAUGGUCGCCAAUGGAAAAUUUCGGUCGCCAAAAAUUGUCGUUUCAUUAACGCAAGACACUUCAUGCUACUUACAUGAAGGAGCUACUGCUGAACGUUGUGUACGGAAAUAAAUCGUGUUUUUAACACUCCAUUGUUACUUGCCUGCGGGUUGUAAACGCAGUACAAGAUGGCAAAAACAGGCAAAGACAUUUAUGAGAGGUAACCAGAACAAUUUACUACAAAGUCGGAUGUUGAAACCCGGAACAUGUAUUUGCAGUGAUAUCAUUGAAACAAAUCUGAUCAGAUACGAUUACGUGAAUAUACAUUUGUUCGUACCGUCUACUUGCUAAGAAACAUCUUUCUUUAGCUAAAUCAUCGGCAUUGAAACCACUCACAUAUGUAAAUUAAAACUUGAAUCAACAAUAACAAUAACAAUAACAAUACUUCUGGCCUAAAUAAAUGUUUCUUACUUCAAAGUUGAUGACAAAAAUACUGUUUGUACGUGCUAAAUGAAACUUGCCUGAAUAACUUCCACUCAUUGUUGGGCGUACAAACAUUACACACCAGUGGUACAAAAUGGUUUGGCUGAUAUACAGCACCAGAGCGAUUGUCAAGAUUGCCGUCUCUUGACCACAAAAUGUAGAUCGGCAAAACGUCAGCGGCACUGCUUACGCGAGGAUGUACCAAUCCAUGGAUCAGUGGUCUCAAAGCGGGGUUUGUGUUUGGGUAAACAGAAAAAAUUGGCCGUUUUAACACUGUACUUAAUGCCAUCAAAUGUACAAGACUGCUCCAAACCUUGUCUUUUGAGGCACUCAUAGCUUCUGCUUUUACGGCUUCAACUGCACGUCUGGUCGACUGCCACUCUUUCUCGCCUGCCGACGUCAGCAUUAAAAUAAACAGUGUUUUCUCUGAGUAGGAACACUCCGCAUUUGCUUCAGAGAGCUUUUCGUGAUUAGCAUAGAAUUCAGCGUUUAAAAAUAGUUCACAAGCAGUCAGAAAUCGUAAAGUUCCAUUUAGCGACUCAUCUCCCUUCAUUAAAACUGACGCAGAAUUAUACAAACAAUUCCCGUCCCCGGAAACUUGAAGAGCCCGUAGACCACGUGGAAGAUUUUCAUCAUCCGGAAUCAAUGCUGUUCCAAGUGAAUCUUCUUCAUAGUUGUUGAAGGUUAGUUCCGAGAUGCUUUUCUUAUGGAGAAUUUCCUCGUGUUCUCCCUUUAACUUGAUGACUUUUUCGGUUGCUGACGGAUCGCCGCUUGCGAAUAGAUCGCGUACUUUUUCAAAUAUUCUCUCGAAGUCUGUCAUUCUUCAUUACUAUUUCCUCAGCAAGAGCAAUAGAAAUAAGCAAAUGACAGCCAGCUACGCGCGAAUGGGGAUUUCACAUCAGUUUAUUGACAGCAGCGCUGCGCAUAAAAGACUACACAGACAUUUGACCUCCAGCUGUGAUUCAGACAAAGAACUCCUCUUUGUCUUAUCUGCAUGAGAAUGUGGUAUGGGAAAGUCUCGGGGGAAAGUGGUGUUGCCGAAAACUUUGAUGCGGCUUUUAUUGAUAUUUUUGCAAGAAAAUCACGUUUACCACUGAUUUCGUCGAUUUUUCGCUGAUUUUUUAUAUCCAAAACAAAUCCCGCUCAUACAAAGCCUUUGAGCUGACUGCAUGUAAACUUUGUCAUUCACCAAGGGGUCUAUCUAUUUUUAGUAAUUGUGCACAGCACCAUCAACUCCACGUGUUGCCUAACCUGCGAGAGCAUCCGGUUUUUUCGGCACUAGCUUCACAAAUCACAACGCUUGUGAAACUAGAGCCGAUAAAACUGAAUUCUCUCGCAGGCUACGUGUAGCCAGAUCAGCGUGAAAAGUGCCUGACUUAACUUUUCUCACGGGAAAUUUAAUAUUUCUUCAUGAAACACAUUUACUCCAACAAAAGUAUUUUUAUUGAUGAAUAUAAUAAAAACAGCUUUUUUUUAAAAAAAAACGCAAUAAACGCAACUUACAAGAGCAUACGACUUGCCAUCUUUUGUGUCAAAAAUUUAACUGUUUCUGUCGGGGUGGCCUGGGUGUAAGUCAACCCCCGCCGGAAGUAGUUUGGGCUCUCCCCAGUUUCUCCCACCUGAGUUUUCAAAAUGGCCGCUCAAUGAAUUCGAAGCUGCGAUACGCAGAUCCUUAUGCCAGAACUGUACACAUGUCUUGCCAUGCAAGAGGAACAGAUUCAUCAUUGAAUUUACACAGAAGAAAAGCUUGGUAAUAUUUCUUUAAUUUAACGAUGAUUCAGUUAAAAAGCGAUAAAACGUGAAGUCAACUUUAUUCUUUUGAGCUUAUAUCCUUUGGUCGCCAAAUGGCGACUUUCGCUGAUAAUUCAGUCGCCAAUUUUUUUUUCACUCGCCAUGGCGACCAAAAUGGUCACAGCUUGGAGCGCUGAUUUUUCAACAUUUUCCUUGAAGUUUAAGUGCAAAAUUUGUGUUCAGAAAGAAGUAAUUCGUAAUUUUCAAAAUCACAUUUUGGUCACGUGACCAGCUAGAAACUUACUCAUUUUAAGACAACGGUGCAGGUUUGAAAAACCAAAUCACUAUUAUUUUGUUUAGGAUAUGACCCACUAAUCAUUUUUUGAAGGCAAAAUCAUACAACUUUCAUUUUCAUAAAAACGAUGUCACAUGACCUCUUAGUGCAAAUGGCCUAUGUAUCAUAACAUGUACUUCUUCUAUGCAUAAAGUAAUUAAGUAAAUCAAUAUAUUAAUGAGUAACUUCAUUACCAUUGUUAUCUGUCAUUUCAGGUUGCUCACAAUGCAUUUGACAUGAUUGGUGGUAUGGUUGUUCAUCACAAUCGUCACAACUAUGAAACCCUGAUCAAGACGUUGUGUCACUCUGGACAGUACAUCAGGUUUUGUAUUGUUUUAUGUCAUGAAUCAUAGUUUAUCCAAACUACCAUUUUCUUUAGUAUAAAGCUUGUAUGGGGCUCAUCUUAGGGUUUUACCCACUGUUCAUACCCUUUACAAAGAGGGAAACAGUGUGAAAUGACUUUCUUGUGUUAGUUAACAGUAUGUGAUGGUACUCAGCAUUGCACAGUGGAACCUUGAUAUAUCAAACCUCAAAGUCAGCGGUAAAACAAACGCCUUUCUUUACCCCAGUAGUACAAAGAUAUGAGAAAAAGAACCUUGAUUUAACCAAACCUUGAUAUAGCAAAAAAAUUUUGCCAGUCCCUUCCCUUUGUUAUAUCGAGGUUCCACUGUAUUUGUUUGUUCCUGCCAGGACAGGUGGAUGGUGGGUAGAAGUAAUAAGAUAAUUAGUAAGGACAUCAGUAGCUGUGUUUUUAGGUGUUUGUAAACCUAUACAGAGUGCAAAGAAAGUUGAUUUUACAGAAUGCCAGCUAGCAGAUGCUGGCCAAAAAAUUUCAUUUCAACUAGCCCAGAAAAAAAAUUGGAUGUUAUUUGAAUUCCCUUCAAAAUACUUAACUUUCCUGUCGGUCAAUUUAAGAACAGAGUUCACUUGCCCAGUAGCAAAAUCCACCAGCCCUGGCUACUAGACUUUCUUUGCAUGCUUCUACUAUCAGUGACCCAUCUUCUUGGUUGUCUGAUACUGUUAAAUGAAAUGUAGUUUAUUUUGUUUAUGGCGAGACGUUUUGGAGGAGCCCAGUCGUCUGACUAGUAGAGGUGCCUUUUUCGUAGAGAUUCACCAUUUGUUUUACCUUAACACAAUAAUAACUUAAUAAAGAGUUCACACAAAAUGAUCUGAACAGUUCUUUGUUAUCUAAAACUAGGGCUUAUGAGAUGCUUGAAUUGAUGAAGAAGGAUUCUCAUGCACCAACUUAUGAUGUUUUUCUGGAUUUGGUACAGGCAUCAGUUAAAGACCCGGAGUGGUAAUGGUUGUUUUUAACAUAGCUGAAAUGGUUUUGUUUAAGGUGCUUUGUUCCUUUAGGAAUGCCAGUAUGAGAACUCUGCAUGUUCAGUACACUGUUUUUGUACACUUCUGUCAUUGUCAUUGUUUGCAGUUAGUCACUGCAAAUAAGAUCGUUCAAGGUUUUCAGUAUAGCUUUGAUAAAUAUCCUCUUUCUUGGCCAGUCUGUUGUUGUCAGUCACCUGCAAAGAGUGUGUUCAAUGUCUCCCCAUUUCAUAUUGCUCUUAGCAAUGUUUCUGAUUUUUUUUCUACCCUUUCUCUGGAAAAAUGAUAAAACAUUUUCAAACUGAACUGAGAAUUAAACAGCUGCUUUGGUGUCUGUUAACAUUCAUCCUAUGUAAAAGAUGUCUGUACUGUCCAAUUAAGUCACCACUGUGCUUUCUGUGCUUUUUUGAUACUCUUUUCAUAUAGGGCUUUCAGCCUUUUGGAUGAAAUUAAACAGUCUGGAGUGUUUAGGUCAAAGUAAGUAUUGUCACACCUGAAUUAACAUUAAUAAAGCAAGUCUUGUAUUCUGAUGAUGUCUAACCAUUAAAGUUUCUUUUUCUCUUCUCUCUGACCACCACUGUGUACCAUAUUUAAUUUUGGUUUAUGUCUUGAAACAGGAUUUGCAGUGACCUCAUACUCCUUGGGUGCAAGAGCGGAGAGUUCUUUAUUGAAAGAACUUGGCUGCUGUUUCAGGUAGAGUGUGCCAGAAGAAGAGACCAUAUCCAAUCUUUUCUUUAUUACCUGUAUGUCUUCCUUUUCAUACAAAGCCAUUCAUUUAAAAAAGUACUUUUUAUGAACAGAUAUAAAACUGGUGUAACCUGAUUUAAUGCAAUUCCAGUUGUUCAUAGGUAAAAAUAUUUUGUGUAUUGUUAAGGAAUUGCUUAUCCUUUAACCAUUUUAUCUUUGAACCUAUAUAACUGUCUUUUCCAUCACAAAAUGUAGCAAAGCUACACAGAGCAUUGGUAUUUGUGUUUUCUUUGUCUGAAAAUUUUUGUUUGUUAUUUGCAAUGUGACCGGAGUGUUGACUACCCAAAUGAUAAGGUUAUGACAAAAUUCAACUUGUUAUUUAGAGGGUAAACAGUGUUGUCUAGUAAUGUGGUGUAAAAUGAAGUGCAAUAGAUGUCACUCAACUGAUGCUGUGUUCACAUCUGCAUGGAACAGUUCAGUCUGAUCACAAAUAAAAGAUAUUUCACUUUGAAUUUUGUCACCCAGGUAGUGUGUUGUACAAAAUUUUGGUUAGUCUGAGCAACAAGUAGUUGUAAUCUCAGUCAGAUGAAACAUGUUAAACAUGGUGGGCGAAAGUGGGGAGGAGUGAAGUCUAAAGAACCUAAACUGGUGCCAUGAGGAAAAUUAUGGAGUGGUGAAGAAAUUCAUUGUCAGUUACCUGAUGCAAAUGGUUUGCAAGUGCACUGCCAGGCUAGUUUGAUCCACUACCUGGGUCAAACGACUUACAGUCCUCUGCCCUUGUUAAUGAGGGAAACAAUACUAUAAAAUGAGUGCAUGUUCCUGCAUCACCCUUUUGACUUCACUGAUCAAGAUAUUAGGCGCAAUGAGAAUGCAUACAUUAUGCAAAGUUAGUGAAAUGCAUUUCAAGAGGCACGUGUGAACAGUGCUUUUUCAAGCAUGAUAAUUCAGAAAUGUUUUCAUGUAAACUUGUUUCCUCUACAUUUGUUCUGAACACAGUAUGAUAUACACAUUGCAUAAGUUGUGAAAGUAAAACACCAAGUCUUAAUAUUUUUUUUAUAUUUAAUGUUUGCUUUUUAAUCAGGAAGCACUUAAAAAUCAAGUUCAAGUUACAGCAGAAGCAAUCUCGGCAAUCCUAUUGUAAGUUUGGUUUGCUUAUCUAUUCUAGAGCAAGUGAUAAGACAGAAUUUUUUGUUGCUUGUAUUACUACUAAAAGACUAAUUGGUGUUCUAGACUAUCUUCUUUAGUGGAACAAAAAUAUAACCCCUCAUUCAGAAGACCAAUUUAUGGUGCGAAUUUUGGCCAAUCUAACUUAAAAUCUGUACAUGAAAUCUAGUUAUGUUACAAUUCAAAUGAAAUUCCUAUGACCAAACCUUUGUGCGGUACUGAAAAUAUAAUUGUUAUUGUUAUUUGUCAAGAUUUUACAAAGAGAAUCUUGAACUUUGUAAAGCAAGUUUUUAACACUCUAUUAUGAGUGAAACAAUUAAUAAUGUUAUAUAGAGACAUCUCAGUCUGUGUUAAUGCUUAACUGUUUCCAUGUUUUACAUCUCAGCACCCUGGCUCAAGCAAAUGAGUGGGAUAAAAUCAUGUCAGUGUUACUAGCAGUCUCAGAAGCUUUACCUGGUGAAAUUUUAAAAUCUGCCGUACUGAUGGCCACUCAAAAGAUUGAUUGGAUUGAAGCUGUUAUUGCAGUACUUGCUAUGACUCCGGCUGAAAAAGGCCUUGUGCUGGAUGAAGAUGUAGGUGUUAUUUGUUGUUUGUUACACCUUACACAUUGAGUGUUUUUGCUGGUUGCAUUAGUUAAAUAAGUACCUUUAAGGUUAUUUACAACAAUUUUUUUUUUCAGGUGUGGAAUACAUUUUUGUCAAACUGUUGUACAGAUCAUGGCAAUAACAUAUCAUUUGCUCAGAGGGUCUAUUCCCUGAUGCAGCAGAAUGAAAUACCUCUUUCACCCAUGGUAUGAGAAUAAAUUAAAUCUGUUGCACAGAAAGCCUGUUAGCAAGGGACACCAGAUGUCUUUUCUGACAACCUGAAUGUCAUGUGGCAUGUUGCCCUUCCAGCAAGCAAAGUUUGAUGUCUUUUAAGACUGAAACUCAGCUGACUCAAUUUUUUUUACUUUGAAGUAUUAAUUUUUCCCUAUUAUGCUUUUUUGCAUUUCAUAACUUCACCAAUGAAUCAGUUACUAGUAGUCAACUGAGACACUGCAAAGAAUUUCUGAAGUAUGUGCCGCAAGGUUUAACUGUUACGUUGUAUCUUGCUUCUCCCUUUCUAGCAGUACUUAUCUCUAUCAAAAUGCCUUGGUUUACAUGCCUCUAUUUUGGAUUUGCUUUUGACAUUGUUUAUAUGUGAAUGCUUUGGAAUUGCUAUCAAAUUCUGAACUGUGCUCAAAAAGUUGUUAAGUGUAAUGAACAGCUUUACUCUUUGUUUUUGCCUCAAACUGAUUCUUAAGUGAUUUUCAUGAAGAAUGCAGUCUAAGCUGCUCUUUUUUCCUCUUUCUUUUGUUUUUUUUUAACACAGUCAGUCAAUAAUUACAUGAGAGCCCUGAGUCAUUGUGGCAACUGGAUGGCAGCGUUGGAGUUGUUUACUGCAGUGCAUAAAGAUCCCCAAGUUGUUCAACAGGCCCAGGCUUUGAAAAGUGGUUUGAUUGCUCUUUCGUCAGCAUUACAGAAAGCGGCCGCCUCUUCAGGGAUGCUUAAUGUGGUCCACUUUAUGAUGGUACAUCACAUAAAGGUGAGAAUGUUGUUGUAUUUUCAUUUUUCCAAUACAUUUUUUCUCAGUAAUCAGGCCUUAAAGCCCUGACAGAGCAUUUUCAGUUGACAUCAGGGCAGCCAUACUGGUGUUCCAAAACAUAGGAAUGACGGAUAUGUUGUUGUGCCAAACAAAUCCUGUGGCGGAGUUGAACUCUUUUCUCAUGUGAAUGCUUCCUUUUGUUCCUAUGAUUUGCAUAGAUGCCGGCCACUUAAGAGAAAGUGCUCUUUAACCAUGUACAAGUAAUUCUCCAGACAGGUCUAUAAACGUAGCCGCAGGUGCAAGAAUUAGUUCACAGAGCAGAGGGUUUAUAUUGCUGAUCAUUGUAUCUGUUCUUGUAACCUCUGUUCUCGAUUAUGUAUUUGUAUUGUUAAAGGGACUGGUUCACGAUAAUGCGCAUGUGUGAGUUCUGACAGUAGCUGAUUGUUUUUCAACCAAUCAGAAGCGAGUUAGAUGCACGCAAGUAAAUUUACAUUAUUCAAAUUAAUUGUUUGCGACGCGAGAGUAUUUCCGGGCAUUUGGUUUGAUUUUAUUUAUCCCCAUAAUUCAAGUUUAUUCUUUGCUACUCCUCAGAUAUAUGUUGCAGCCAAUAAGAAUAAGAUUUACAGCCCUGUUCUGCUUUGAAACAAACAUUUACCAAUGUGUAUUUUACGAGGUCGUACCCACGCUAACAAAACAGUCACUGAUCGGCAAACAAAAUUUUUGUUUUAAACAAACAUCUUAUUACUGUUCUCUCAGUUCGCCUUGUAUAAACCCAGAAAUACCUACAAAUAGCGCCUGACCGGUGACAAAAACACACAACGUAUGAGUGUAAAGAUUAUCCUUAAUUGAGCAUAAAUUUCAAUUUCUUAUCAGCAAAUGAACAAAUUCAUUUGCGUUGCAUUGGGUCAGUGCUCCGCAAAACAACUGUUAUCCAGUAGCACACAUAAAGAAACUAGAUUAUAAACAGAAUAUUCAGGCAAUAAUUUAUUUUAAAAACAUCAAUUCUUAAACAUAUACGAUCGUAAAGUAAAGAUACAAGGAACAUUUCAAGUGUACCAGAUCGGUGAAGAUCGCGCUGCCUGUUGCGGUAUAACUACAGGUCGGAGUCAAAAAUCAAAUCAAAGUUGAACGAACUCAUGCCUUUAGCCACUUUCCAAGUGUCGUGUAUUCUUUUCGUAUCCCAGACACUACUCCUAGAACCAUACCAGAUCGAUAGGCUACGCUUCUCUAUCUCCAGAGACUCUUGAGAAUGUCCUGUUGCCGGACGGCCACAAUGCUCUUCUGAACCUCCAUGAUCAAAACAUUAUUUUUUGCGUCUUCUUAAAACGUAACCAGUGAAACGACACAACCACAUGUUAAUCAACACUACCGAAGUAUAACUAGACCAGCCAAAGCGACGGAUGUCCGAAUUAAAACGAAGGAUUUUCAAUGAUCAUACCGGUAAUGGCGAUUUCGAAUUUAGUGUUGACCCGACAAAUUUAUUCUGUAGAGACAAACGGCGCGCAUGCGCAUUAUCGUGAACCAGUCCCUUUAAGAGAAAAAACUGAUGUUGGUCACUCUUGGGACUCAAAGAGUUUUUAAAAUAUUUCUGUUAAUUUUUGUUUGUUUGCAUGGGACUCCCUUGUACAUUGAUUGUAGUUUAAUUUACGUUUGAGUGACGCCUUCAAUAAAAGAAUUAUUAAAUUUUUAAUUUCAGCAGCCAAGGGCCUCAUUCAAACAAUAUUUUAAUUUUUUAUACAUGCUGCUGAAGGACAAAAUGAACGUAUUGAUUGUAGUGUUCGGUUGUUUGUUAAUUUUAAGGACUAAAAGGUCUUAAAAUAUCUUAUGUACUGGUAAGUGUUUUCACUUAUUUUAUCACUUUUUUUUCUUCUAGCCGGAAGAUAGUGUCUUACAGUCAGCUGUAGAAUAUCUUGACAAUGAAAAGAAUUAUAAGGGUGUGCAGGAGUUUUUCAAACAGGUAUAUAAGUAUUUUUUAUAGAUUUGGUAUUGUGAAAGCUUUCACCAACAUUUGCAAGGCUGUGCUCUAGAAAAAUAUAAGGAGAGCCCAGUGCUCUGAGGUGCCCUGCUUAUGAUUUGUAUGAAAAAAUCUAAGAUUUGAUAUUCACUCAGGAGCAAAAUGUGGGUGCCAGGCACCACUGGGCGCUGGUAGAACACAGCCUUGGUUUGUCUAUCUUUUCCUUCAGAGUUGAUUUCUAUGGGCUUGAUAAAAGGAUGAGAUCACUAACCACCAAGGGCAUUUUCCACUUCUGCCUUAAUUAAUUUUACUGAUAUAGAUGUAGCCACAAAGUCAGUGGCUUGAGGGGCAGUAAGAGAUAAUUGCAUGUCCAAGUUAUUGAUUAUGUGGACAAGAUCUUGUGGAAUGAAUGUGCUAUUUACAGGAACUUUCUUUAUCAGCAGUUUCGUAAUGGCCCUCUUUCGCUUUCCUCGUUAUUGCUUGUUUGAAUAGUAGAGUGUGAUUUUCACAAUGUUACAAAAAGAAUAUCUCAAUUUUGGGUUUGUUACUACGGGGGAAUCAAAAGGAGACCAUUUUCCUCUUUUGUAGCUUCAAGAUAAUGCCAUUGUAGCACCUUUGGUAGUAUACAAAGAGAUAGUUUCUUCUUUGGAAAAGUGGAUUGAACAUCCAGAGGCCUCAACUGAACCUUAUGCUGCUAUGCGGCGUGCAUAUCCAUCUGGUCAAUCCCAUGCUGCAAACAAGAAUGAAGCCUCAAGUGACAGGUUGGUUUUUUGUGUGAUGUCAGGGAUGCUAUCAGAGGCAGUUGUCUUUUUUACAUCUCAACUAUUUUGUUAUUGUGUGUUGCACCACUAGUUUUCUUUUUUUUUUCUCCAUGGCACAAGACAUACAAUAGCUAACUAAGCACAGAGUAGCAAAACUGAAGUUGUUUGGACUAGUGGGUUCUACACUUUCUUGACCUAGAAACUCCAAGCCAAGAAAGUGAAUUCACAGUGAAUCUGUGAUUGGCCAAUUGGCCUCUACGUUUUUGUAUGGUGAGACCUAGACUGCCACCAUUUUUAAUCCUUUUUUUACUCCCACAAGCCUACACCAUUUUGAUUUCUCUGUUUUGAUUUUGUGGAUGUGAAUUGAUGUGUAGUUUUUGACUUGGUACAAACUAGUCUUAUAAAUCAUGAUAUUUUGUAGUGUGAAGAAUGAGGCUCCUAGAAAAGUGUGCAAGUACAUAGGGACUCUUAAAGGGUGUUUCAGUGGUGCCAAAUGUAAGUUUCUGCACCCAGAAGGCUCCAUGCCUGUGCAUGAAGGUUCUCAGCAAACAGCACCUCAAUCAGUAAAACCUGUUCCAGCUGCUACCUUGCAGACAUUGCAACAAAACACCAAUAGUUCUGCAGGUUGGUAUAAUAAUUUCAUUGCAUCCAGCUGUUUAUUGCUAGAAAUUGUCCAAUAUUGGUGACCUUCUCCAGGUUUUAUACAUUAAUGCUUUUUGUAUAAACAUAAUUAUGAAAACUGAUGGCUUAGAACCAAAUAGUAAAUGAUUCUGUGAAACUGGAGACUCAACUUUUUAAAGUUGUUUUUGCUUCAAAACAUUACUGUACUACCCCAAAAGCCUUUUUGAUUAGCAGGAUUGAUUACAAUCCUUCCGUAAUUUGAAUUUCCCCAAAAAACAGCACUUGUCCGUUGGGCAAGUUAAGAGCAAAAAUCACUAGCCCGAUAGCAAAAUCCACUAGCCCCAGGCUAUCUGACACAACUUCCUUUGCACUCUGCUUGAUUCACAUUCAUGCUAAACAUUUACUGUCCUUUAUCCUAGGAAAUGCCCCCGUUAUCAAUGCUGCUGCUGAGUCUGAAAUGUCGCCAUUUCUGUUACAGUCCACCAGUGUAAAUCCCUUACCCUUCACUAUUAAUUUGGGUGGUGUCCAAGGCACUAGCACUGAGCAAUCCCAUUGCAGGUAAGGCAAUUAACAAUACUAAGGUUUACUAAGAUCUUUAGGAACUGGUGAUGGCCUCCCUGACUAUACUCUUGAUUGUGUCAGCAAGGAUUGUGGAGGAGUUGACAUCCAAUGUGUGGCCUAAACAGUUCAGGUGUUUCUUCAAAAGGUGUAGCUGUCUCCCCAAUGUAGAAAAUCAUCACAGCCCAAGCACUGUAUUUUGUUAGUCAACCAACAUUUUUUCCCCUGGUGGUGAAUCUUUGGGGUUAACCAAAUGUUGCCUGUUGUUGAAAGGCUUGUGGUAGGUGUCAAAUCUUUUAUUAACGGCUUCUCUGAAACCCCACAUACAUAGGAAAGCGUGAUGCUGUUGGUGGAAAUGACUUUGCUCUUUGUACCAGAGGUGUUUACUGUAUUUAGAGGGUUUCUACACAUCCACGGUUUAUAGCUGUCAUCUUUAAUGACUGAUUUUGAUGAAAAUGCAAGUAUCCAAGAGGGGUAGCUUUCCAUUGGAUUCCAUUUCCUGGUGAAACUGAAUGUACAGGGUGGGUCCCUGGAGUUUAAGUGCCUCGUGAACUUCUCUAUGUCAUAUUCAUGAAUCUGGGAGAAGGUGUUGUCCACGAAGGUAAACCAGAUUUCAUGUCGUCUGGGGCAGGCGGAUGAUGCUUGUCUUCAAAUGUACAGGGGCCUGUUUCUCAAAAGGCUUAGCAAUUUUACGGGCCCAAAGGCAAAUUUUAAACUCCAAACCUGUUGAAAAGUUGCACAGUUCCUAGCUCACAAACCACUCAAUUUUGCUUUGUUAACUGGUAGUUUCAUUGAAUCAUUGUCAGACUUAUAUUAACCUUGAUGUUGAAUACCAACACGACAAACAUAAAACAGCUUUCCAGGCCUGAAACGUUUCCAGGACUUUUGAGAAAGGUGCCCUAGGUUGGCAAUUGUGGGGGAUGCUGGUGAUCCCAUCACACAUCCCUGAAUGUGAAAAGAGAAAGUUCCCCUGUAAACAAAGUAGGUGACAGAUAAUACAAACUUCGGCAGUGUGACAGCUUGUUAUAAUCUGAGCAGUGCUACUUUUGUGUAGGAAUCCUGCUAUUUUUUGCAAUAGGUCUUCUAGCCUUGUGUGUAUUAGCUUAAAAUUGACUUCUUCGACCAAGACAAGUUGUCAUAUGGCCAUACUUCCCCUCUUUUGCCAGUUGAAAAUGUUUUAUUUUCUAGGUCGAUGAUAAUUUGUUGUAUUUUUACUCUGCCAGCAUGAAAUCACAGAAACAGAGCCAAGCCACUCAGCUUUGCAAGUUUUUUAAUACCCAUCAAUGGUGUCGUUGGGGUGACAACUGCCGAUUUAUCCAUCAUACAAGCAGUGUGGCCAUGGAAGCAGACUCAAAUACUGUCGUACCAGGUAAAAAAUAUCUUUGACAGUUAGAUCCUGGGUAUGGGGCAAAUAACUGUAACUAAAUAAAACUCUGUGUAACCCCAAGGUGUUUGUCACUCUUUUGUAAUAUGUGUGUAACAGGGAAAGCUCUCUGGUUGGAUCACUCACUCACAUCAGUAUUUUUUAACUAAGUAACGAAAUUGUUGACUUAAAGAACCAAAAACUACUACUGAUAGGUCUAUGAACUGUUAUUCAUCCUCUUUUAGUUGUAAUUAAAGCGAACCAUAAAUGCUUUAGUUUGGCAGAGUAAAAAGCAAGGUGUGAAAAAACAACAAAAACAAAAACAAAUGUGGCCAAAAAAUAGUGGUGUAGGUGCUGUUUAAAAGCAAUUUAAUUUGGUUGAAGCGUCUAAACCAAAUAUGCCUCAUAGUUCAUUGAGUAAUGUCUAGUGUUUAUGAUAGUUUGUGAUUUGUUUUGUUGUGACUUUCUACAACAGAACUUCCACCUGUACGAAGCACUGAAGCGAGAGUAAGCAAGAACCACACUGGAAACCCUUUUGUGCUAAGAUCUUUGUCAUCCACCUCAAGUUUUGCAAGUGAAAAUCGUUUGUUUGGAUUUGCAAAUAAUUGGCAACCCCCCUCGUCAGGAUUUCAACCAGCUGCACCUGUCACCCCAACUGUGCACAGUGCUGCAGCUAAGCCUGUAACAGCUUCAAACCAUUUCCAACUGGUUGAUGGUAGUCAGCUGGUGGGGAAAAACCCAUUUUCUCCAAACUUUCCUGGAAGAACACAAAGUUUGGAUAGCUUGAGUGAGCAUAAGGCAACUGAACAUAAUCAACAAGCUCAUUCUGCGCCAGUUGUGCCAGAAAGGCCUGGAAUCAGCCACUUCCGUUUUCCUUCAAAGAAGAGCAUUGAGUUUUACUUACCCAGGAUACAGGUAGGGUCUGGGAGAAUGCUUGCCUGAAUUUCAGCUGCCUUGUUGCUCUUGGGAGAGAGUGGGAGCUUUAGCAAUGAUGGCGGUGACAGUGACAAGAGCGUCAAAAAAGCAAUAGCAAUUUUUUACACAUGGAUAUGAUCACACUUUUUUGUACAUUUCUUUACCGUCACUCCACAAUGCCUAAUUUCACGUUUUAUUUAGGGUGUAAACAAGCGAGAACAAAUUUAUUUUUCUCUCUUGUACUAAACUUGAAUGUGGUCUCCCGUUGAAUUAAAUUCAAGGGAACUUUGCCUACCUUUGACAUUUUCGGUGAAUUGUGAUAAAUGGUGGAAAGUUCAACAAAAUGCAAUUACAUUUUAAAAGUGGCAUUUUCGCUGCCAUUGCCAUUGUUCGUGCUAAAGCUCCCUAGUCAAGUGAGGUGCGGAGGCAAAUGAAUGCCAUCCCCUAAAAAAUACAUAUAUGUAUAUUUAAGAGAACAAGAGAUAAUUCAAAUGCUCAAUUACUAAACGGGGGAAUUUGGUUGCCCUUAUAAAUCCUUGCUUGCCUCUGAAAAACACCUUAGUCACUUAUUUAUUACUAUACUUUAAAAGUUUCUUCAUUUUAGUAAAUGGGGUUUAAGUCAAUCCAAGAGUUUACACCUCGUGACAUAGACUUAAGAAAUAAUGGCCGAAAAUGUAACUGACCUUAAACUUUGACCUUAAAUUUCCAAAUUACAUUUGUUGAGGCAAAAAAACAUUGCUGGGUUUUCCACUGCUUCUUCCUCAGGAAACCAUACCUUUACUGAAUGAUUUUCUUGGACCACUUUGUGUCAGCUAAUUUUGAAGACUGCCAAUUUAGUAUUGAUGUUAAAGCUCAUAAAUGUCUUAAUUCUUCACAGUUUGCCAGUCAACAAAAUAGUUGGGAAGACCUUGGAUAUGUCUAUGUCAGCAUGAAGAAAGAAGCUGUGGAGAUAAAUAACAGUGUCAUUGAAUGCUUUUAUCAAUCGUUCCAAACUUUCUGUGCAGCAGACACCAUUGGGCAGUCUUUUGAGAGAUUUGCUGAAAGAAUAGAAAGAAAUCUGAAGGAAACAAUGGCUGAACUAGAUAAAGUUGACAAGGAAUUCAUUGGUCAGAUAGGUGUUGCUUUAAUGUACUUCUGUUAUAGAAGCAAGCAUUUUAUUCAGGGCCGUCAAAUUCUGUACCUCCUUCAUAAGUUAGGUAUUGACUACUAUCUGUAUAGUGGCGAGUUUGGUCUGCAGCAAAGGCCAUUGACAGCUACAGAGGUAGUACUGACUGCAGUUGAUAUUUGCUUGAAUCUUGAGAAACCAGCUUACGAUGAUGCUGUGGUGGUUCUCCAGAGCACAAACCUUGCACUUUCUUAUUAUGAAAGAGAAACUGUAUUGACCACUGAGGAGGCAGACUGGAAAAGACGUGUUUUCCUGUGUUUGUGCAAGAAAUUUAUGGAUGACAAGCAAUUACACAUUGUCAAGGAAUUGCUCUCUCAGGUUGGGAACAUUGAUGUAUUUGGUAGGGAUGUGGUAAACGUCCUUUACAAUGAAUUAGUUGUCGCCUUGAUCAACAAUAAUGAACCACAUGUCACUACAGAAGUUGUUAAAAUAAUGGAUGCAAAUUCAAUUUUAGUAGAUCCAGAAACAACAAGAGCUCUUGUGAGGGGUUUUGGAGCUGCAGGAUUUGGAGCACAAGCAAGGCAACACUUCUCGAAUGGUUGCGAUGCGGGUGUUUAUCCAGACUCCUUCAAAAUAGAUGAUCCAUGGACAGUGGUCAUUGGAACUAGUUUUUCGGCAGUUGAAAGCCAAUUGUAUAUUGCAAGACAUUUGGACGUCUUGUGCCCCCACAUUGAAAAACAGGCUUGUGCCUCGGGAGAUGCUGUUUUAGAUGACAAGUAUUACAGGCCACUCAAGGUUGUUAUAGAGUCAGAUGAGGAGCAGACUGUGGUUAAUAAGUUCAUGAGAGGUGAUGAGAUCAUCCGCUAUGUUCGAGAAAUGCUUUGCACAGUCUUGGCUAAUGAUUUUAACCCUCCUCUUGCAUGCCAUCCGAAAAUGAGGGAUGAGGUGAGAGUUCACUUUGAAGUUGAGUAGGUUUUAGAACAACACUUGCAAUAAGUCCCUUUUUAUGGUGCAGGGGAAAUAGUUGUGUUAUGUUAACACUUUAAACAUUGAAAUGUGUAAUCAAUUUGUAUGCAUUGUGACGACAUAUUUUCACUCCAUGUUGUGGCGGUUUCCCUCCAUACUGUUCACCACAAUUUUAAAUGAGAUGUGUCACCAAAGUCUUUCUCCCAGGGUCUGCCAGUAAAAAUUUCUACUUACUGAAUGGUAAAAUAAAUGAUGAUCUGCCUGUUUUGUCACCUUCAAAGCUUUGUACUCUCUUUCCAACAGGAGGUUAUUGUUGAUGCCAUGAGUCUGAAGAGGUGGUUUCGUGCAAACCCUGCUUCCGGACGCUCUAGACGUGGAGACAGAUUACUAUCUCCCUCUAGGGCCCACACUUCAGGGUCAAACCCUUAUCUGCUACCAGGUAUGACUAAUGUAGUGCCUACAGAUGAUCAAAGAGGAGAUCGAAGAGUUUUUGUUGUAUCUGAGGCUGACAGCCUUGCACCUGGCAAGACAAUUGAGCCAGAAGAAGUGCAGCCUGCUACAUUUUUAAAUCGACGGGGCCAACCUUUAACCAGGUAUGAAUAAUACACCCUGUUUUUUAGAUGUCUUCUAUUUGUAAAUAGUGUGUAAUUAAAGAAAAAAGGCCCUUGAAAUUUUAUGGUGAUAUAAACCAUAUUCUUCUGAUUGCCCUGUAUUACAUUUAUGUGAGCAGUAUGUUGUGCAAGUCUUGCAGUACAUGGUAAAGUGUACAACAGUUCAUGGGAUGUUUAACUAGUUUCUACCUAGGUGUUAAUUUUUUUGUAAUAUUUUUGCAAGAGUAACGAAAUUAUAUUACUCAGCCUUGUCUUGCUUAAGCAUCGUACUGUUUCAUUUUUAUUGUCUAAUGAACUGUACUUUUCUAUGUCAAGUGCAUAUAGGAAAGUGUGUAAUAGCUAAUUUGAGAGGCAAGACAAAGUUGCCUUGGAUUGUUACAGAAAGCUAGACUUAAAAACUGAACUUCAAUUAAAAGCUACUGCAAUCCUCUGAAAAGGUUUUGAAAGUGGUAGAUAAGGCGUCUCAAUUCUUAACACUAUUUUGCAAACCCCUUGCACUGCUUCUGUUUUGUAAGAUAGUGGUUCCUUCAAAUGAUCAUUGGUGUGGGCAGUUUGAAGAACUGUUGCGCUCUUACUGGAUUCUUUACCAGGCGUUUAUUUGCUUACCAUCAGGCUUAAAAGUAGAAGUCCAGCAUAAAAUGUCAGAAAAUUGAUCGGAGGCAUACCUAAGCUACUGAAAUUGUGCUUUCUACUUGGCCAUUGAUCCAGCUUAUGCCAUUUCUUGUUAAAGGUAGUCUGUGAUGUUCUAUAAGAUCUAUUAUUUUCUGGCUUUUAGGAAAGUAUCAGGCAGGGGCCAUCUAAAGAUAACCAAGACCACCUAACCUUGCCAUUUUACCCAGUUAAAAGGACGAGGACAAAGGAAACACGAGUUAUUGUUGAUGCAAAUUUGCAGAUGAAAUGAUGUAAAUAAAGCACAAGUUCAAAACCUUUGGCUAGCUGGAUUUGCAACUUAUAAAUGGGACAUGGACUUGUCAGCAAUAUUAUUCAAUAGCUUUCUUCCAAUGCAUAUAAGCUCGCAUUGCCCACAGCAACUUUAAAAUGUUCAUCGUUCAUCCUUUGCAGAUUUCUUUUCCCACUAGGCUUUUGCUCUCAAAAGGUGUGACACUCCAUGUGUUGUUCUCAAAUUGAGAAAGCCUAGAUUGGACUGAUGUAGCUUUUGUUUGAUACGUGUGUAAUUCUAUGCAUUAUAAAUGAUUGGUAUUAUACAAUUUCAUAAAAUGUCUUGUUAUAGUUGAUAAGAGGCCAGUCUUUAAGUCUUGCAUUAUUUUUCAAUAAAUUGUUGUAGAUUCUAUAAUCAGUGGAUUCUUUACAGGCAUAGUUUUACUGGCGAUGAUUGGGCAGAUAUUAGAUUUUAUUAAACAUAUAUAUUAUUAAGUUAUUUAUUUUCCUGCUCUUUGAUUUAAGUUACGUAAAUAUCGCAAGAUCUGCUAAACGGGUUUAUUAACUCAAGUUGAGAGUGAAUGAAGUAGUCCGUACCAGUAACGUGUACCAGAAAGUAAGAAAAGAGCGAGAAGAUUGAGAGGCAACGGAAUUUCUAUUUUUUCAACAAACACAUUAGCACUACCAAGUGUCGGUGACAACACAGUUGAGACACUUUAUUAGAAUGGUUAUACAGCUGGUUUGGUUGAUCUGGAUCUGGUGAUCUUGUUUGGUGGUGUUUUGGUCAGUUAACUAAAGAAUUAUAAGAGCAUUUGUGGUCUAUUUAGGGGAAUUCUUAGUGGGUUUUGCCAUCAUAGAUGUCAAGGACAAAGACAUCUGCUGAUUUCCCAGAAUAUCUCAAUUUAAUUGUUGAGACAAACCAUUCUGCAAAUGAAAAACUUGUCUCUUCUGAUAUUUUUACUUGAAACCUUUGACAAACACCCAGUUUUUUAUGGUAUUCAUUUCAUUUCUUGUCUUGACCUGGUGAUAGUCAUUAUAACUUCGCUGGCUUUGCUAGAAGUUAUGUUGUUGCAAGUUAAAAUAGUUUUUCUUAUUUUUGGUCAUUAUCGUGUGGUCGUGUGUGCUGUGGAAAGAAGCUUUUGAUAUUCAGUGGUAUGUUGGUUUAUAACAAAAAGGAAAUAGCUUUCAUGAAAGAUAUUAACCAUUGUGGAUAAUGUGUAUAGAGGGUUUAGAUACAGGUGUAGUGACAAGCAUGAGAGAACGAUAAAAGUAAACCCUUAACAAAGAAACAGCUCUUCCAAAAAUGCCAAGGUGAAUAUCAUGAAAAGUUGAGGAUUAAACAUAGCCAAGAAAAAAAAGGCUAAAACUAGAAGAACUGGAACUUUGUGCUCUAUACUUUAAAGGUUCGUCCUUGUUACCCAGUAGGUUUUUACACGGCUGGUAUCAGCUUGUUUUUGCUUGACCAUAUAUGGCAUAGUUGAAAUACUAUCAAGCCCAGUGACUUGUUUUGCAAACUGUUGCUUUCGUCAGUGGUGGAACACCUUUGUUACCCCCCUCGAGGGCAAAUAUCACAGGGCUGUUGCUGAAGUUCUGCAACCUGUCAGUCUCUUUUUGUCUUGUUUUUCAAUUGGUGGUGGUGUGGUUGGUGUUGAGAACUUAAGUUGUUCAAAAGUUUUAAAAACAAGUGGAAAAAUCCACUUGAAAUUUAGAGGAUUCUGAUGGUGUGUUGUGGUCUGUAAUCUGCGGCGGAAUUGCUUAGGGUUCUUGUUCUUUGGUAUGUUUUCCAGCAAUUGGCAUCAUAUGUCGAUAUGAAAUUGGUGCCAAUGGAAACGAAAACGUAUUGGAAGACUACGUUGAUUUGUGUCAAGUAUAGUUUCAUGUCUCUUGUUGACAACAGAUAAAUAGUUUAUAAAGGUACAAAAUGAUGGACUCCUCAGUCCUUUGUGCUUCAGCCAUGUAACAUCAGUUGUCCGUUUCAUAUGAAAAGAAAACAUUGUUUGCACAAGAGAAGUUACUAAGGUCGCAGAUGUAUACAGUAGCGCUUCAUUGACCCCCCACAGAUUUGAAUUGUUUGCUUAUAAAUUACAUUGAAUGCAAAAUGAUGUAAUAGAAUUUAUGCUAAAAACUAAACUUUUGUGACAAAACCAACAGUAUGGUCACAUGCUUGUGUAUCUGCCAAGUGUUAACUGCAAGGACCAGCUUCAUGGGGGAUUAAAACGAUUAUUUAUCAUGAUGGUAUUUCCUAUCUCCCCUUUAGAGAGCCAAUUUUACGCCUUGAUUUUAGAUUAUAGUUAAAAGGUUGACCUUUCCUUGGUGUUUUUUGCUCUCCAAUUGAACUUUGAAACCGACCUUCCCAUGUGGCUGAACUGUCUGUUGUUUACGAUUCUUUGAAUCCCAGAAAACCUUGUUUAGCUGGCCUUGGCUGCAAAUCUGAAGCAAUUUACUCCUAAUCUGCUGUGAUUGAUCUUUUUACUCAGAGGAAAAACUUCUGGCUACUAUCAUAAGCCCCUAUCCUUUUUCACCCUGCAUAUUCUCCAGGAGGGUGAAAACAGAGUGAAGAUAUGCUUCUUCCUUUCAGCUUUGUGCUAUGGCUGUGCACUUUUCCGAAGUUGCUAUUGUGGGUUAAAGAGUGCUUGUAAUGUCAUGCAAAGUACUUAAUUUAACUCUUGUAAAACUAUGUUUAUUCUUUUUUUUGUUGUUAUGGUACCAUCCUAACCUAAAGUACAAAGAUGGAUUGUGACAAGUCACAGCUAAGACAUUGUUAGGUCAGCUUUAGGUGAAAUGCUGGAAAGUAAGCUAGCUUCGUUGCUGGAUAAAAAGCUUGAACCCUUAUAUCUUCCAUUCAUCAAUAAAUUUCGUAAACAAGGAAUUCAAGGACAUGAAAAAAGAGAGAAAUGCGGUUUUGAUAAAAGAAAGUAAUUUCCUCAAGCAAGAGAGAUCCCGUAUGGCAAACGUGAUAAUCCAAAUGAAAACAACUUGAAGAUAAGUAACAAUAUAUCCAGCAUAACUGUUUGGAGGUAUGAGGAAUUCCCAUUUCAGCGCAAGAGAAUACAAAUCCAUGGGUUAAAAAUGUUGGCUCUAUCGUUGAUGUUUCUAUUGAAAAUAAAGACAUCUUCAUAUCCCCAGAAUGAUAGGUGACUAUGUGGUUCCUCUUAUAAUUGUCAAGUUUACUCGUCUUUGUGCCAGGGAUGCUCUUUACAAAGUAAGGUCGAGGUUAAAGAACUUUACUAUUGAAGACAUUGGCUUGGGUAGUCAAGGUGGAAACAAGAUUUUUAUUGAAGAAAGUCUUAUUCCAGCAAGGAGGGAGCUAUUGCACAAAUGUAAUGAGUUUAAGAAGAAAUGCAAACUUCGAUAUAUUUGGUCUUUCUAUGUAAGGGCGAUGCUAGCACCCCAUUUCAAAUCUGUUCCAAGAAAGGUCUGGUAA